AUGCCUUCGUCGACGAGCAAGGACGACAGGAUACUCAUCCUCGGUGGUGGCGCCUUUGGCCUGGCUACCGCAUAUAGCCUAGCUUUCGCGGGUUACACGUCUGUAACAGUUCUCGACAAGCACGACGACCUCCCAAGUCGAUUUUCCGCCGGUUUCGACCUCAACAAAAUCAUCCGGGCCGAGUACUUGGAUCCGUUCUACACUAAACUCGCCCUGGACGCGAUACGCAAGUGGCAGACGGACCCGUUAUACAAAUCGCAUUAUCGGGAGGUCGGUUAUCUCAAUGUCGUCUCUGGUUCGGCUCCUCCCGUCAUUCGAGAUGCUCUUCACAAAUACGCGAGUUCGAUCGAGAAAGUUCCUGCGUUCAGUGGCAAAAUCACCAUGGUGGACGGUUCAGUUUCGAUCAGGGCCAUUGAACCAAGAUUCUCCGGGACUGUGGACGGCUGGAAGGGCUACUUGAACCGACUGGCAGGCUACGCCCAUUCCGCAAAUGCGAUGGAGGCCGUGUAUAGAGCAUGCAUGGCCAAAGGCGUGGUGUUUCACCUGGGUUCUUUCGUGGGGGAAGUGCAGAAUCUCGUCCAUAGUCCAGGUAGCCACGGCAAGGUCACUGGAUGCAGGACUCGAGGAGGCAUCAUCUACGAAGGUGACUUGAUCAUUGUUGCCCUUGGUGCAAAUGUUGCCCAGAUCUUACCUUCGAUUUCUUCGCAGGUCACUGCAUCUUGCUGGGGCGUGACACACAUCCAACUGUCACCCGACGAGGCUACCAAACUGGAAGGAAUCCCAGUGACCAACGUGCGCGACAUUGGCUUCUUCUUCGAGCCCGAUCCCGCCACCAACAAGCUCAAGCUCUGCCAUAUGGGUGGCGGGUACACAAACUAUGGCAAUACUCCUCCUGGUCAGAGUGUGUCGCUGCCCUACCAGACCCUGGAAGAAUCGAAAUUCAUCCCGGACGAGGACGAGCGACAGAUUAGACGUUUGCUCCGCGAAGCGUUGCCAGAGCUCGCAGACCGACCAUUGAUUGACAACCACUUGUGCUGGUUCGCCGACACCCCCGACUCGGACUACAUCAUCGAUUUUGUGCCGGACACGGGUAAAUCCUUGGUAGUUUUGUCGGGAGAUGCGGGCCACGGAUUCAAGAUGCUGCCGAUCUUCGGUGACUUCGUCCGUGGGCUCUUGGAGGCCGGUGAACAGAGAAUUCAAAAGUGGAAAUGGAAGAUCCCGCAGCAGCAAAACGGUAUAGCCCAGCAAGUCGCCUGGCGGGCGAGCAAGUCCAGGGAGCUUGGUGCAAUACAGAGUAGAUUGUAG